GUCAAGAGAAGAAGCGCUACGCGCAGUGGAAGAAGAUCGGCACGAUCCAAGCGUUCUGCCGCGCGCACAUCUCGCGGAACGUGGCCUACCGAAGGAAAUUACUCAGAAGAUGUAGGAGCGCGUCGCCGCCGUCCACGUGCCUCCAGGCGGUCUGCAAGUCGUUCACGCAGCGUCGUGGCUACCAGAACUGCCAAGAAGCGUGUUUCUGCUAUUGAGUUGAUCCAACGGAUUUUGAGGGGUGUCGUCUUUCGGGAGAGCUCGUCGUAAAGGAACGCCUCCGCCUGAACAAAGCGGGCCACGUUUUGCGGGAGAACAUGCAGCGCCAAACCAUAAACACGUUGCAGUAUCAGAGGCGGGAGGCGUGGCGCGAGCGACGAGCUAGAGAGAUCGUGAAUCGGGUGAUGCUCGGGUGUAUCGGUCGCUUCAAGGCCGCUGCUGCCAGAAGGCUCUUCAGGGAGAGAGAGAAAGCUAGUACGGGCCUCGCGAAGAUCAUCCGCGCUAAACUGUCGCGGGAGGCUGUGGAGCGGCUGCGACGACAAAGAGCCAGGGAGGUCCAAAAAGCUACCUUGUGCCAGGCGCUGUUCCGCGCGUUAAUUUGUCGGCGGAUCAUGCGCAAGAAAAUUGCGAGGCGACGGAAAUGCGCCAAUGAUAUCCAGCGAGCGUGGCGAGGCUAUGGCGGGAGGACGCGCGGCUUUGCGAAGCGAAAGAUAGUUGAGGAGUGCUGGCGCAUGGUCGGUUCCGUCUCGCCCGAGAGGAAGCGCGACCUCGAGGCGUUGCUGCCAAAGGCGUCGUACCGCGUCACUUCAGAUGACGUAGAGUCCGUCACGACGAUCACAACAAGUAAGUCGUGGCAGCGGCCGGAGACGUGGUUCACCGAUCAAGAUAAAGUACAUUUUCUACCUUAUGAUGAUCUGGAAUUGGGAAACUGCUCGAAGUUCGAGUUCCGGAAGGCCCUCAACGCGUUGUGGCAGGCGAAAGGUUUACCAAUACUCCCGUCGGAGGUCGAGGGCUGGGCGUCGAUGUUCGACAAGAAGCGCAACGGCGUCGUCUGCUGGUGCCGACGCGGCGUCUGUCGUCGCCUUCACGCCGUCGACGCGACUCGUGGCCAUCGCACGAUGACCUGGGUGGUUUCUUUUUCGAAUUCGAGGCCGUUCGGACCGCGUCGAGGGACCGCGAUGCUCCGCGCAUGACGUGGUCGCCGCGAUGGCGUCGAGGCGAUGCCGCGUCGCCUCGACGCCGUCGACGCGGCCGCACCGCGUCUCGUGAGUGCACAGAGGCCGUGUCGCGACGGCGUCGGUGCCACGCAGGCGCGACUUCCUCGACUUCGCUAGGAUGUCCUACAGACCCUGUUCUUUACACCGGAGGAUCGUCUGCUCGUUGUGUGUGUCGAGGGGCCCGUGCAUGAGGAAAGGCUGCGAGUGCGACUGCUAUGCCAGUAAGGAGGGCGUGCGCGACUUGAUUUGUAAGCAUUGCGGCCACACGCCCAUGACCCAUUUGUUGGUGCCUACUUGUUGCGUCGAGGCGGACGUGCACGGGCCCGUCACGCGACAGUUGCUGCGGGACAUCUUUCAUAACAGAUCAGAUAAGCCUACAAAGCCAAAAUUGGAACUGGGGCCGCUCAUCUCCCAAGUGGUGGGGGAGCAGGCUUCAUCGCAAGUGGUCAUGGAGUCGCCAACGCGACCCUCGAGCCGCUCGCGCCUCAUCCCUGAAGACGACGCGUCUCGGAGCAUCGACGCGCCGUUCGAGCAAACGUACGCAGAUCCAGAGCCCGUGAAUGAUGACGUCUGCAUCGCAAGACCAGCUAAACGACUUCUGGACCCGAACCGAAGGAGUGGCCACGUCCCUGCAGCCGAGCUGCAAGCUUUGGCGCUGGUCCAAAAACAAGAAAGCCCGGGCCGGCACCACCUGGAGUCCAUAGCAGUGGCCAAGGAAGAGGAGGAAGCGUUGUGGCAGGAACACUUCGCGGGCAAGCUCCAGUCCCAAAAUGAACUGAGGAAGGGCUUUCACCUGACGCGGCCGAUUCCCAUGAUUCUGGACGGCGAAUUGAGAAUUAGUACGGACCCCACGGAAGUGUAUCUGGAGCUGCUGGAUCGGUUCGGCAAGGAAGAUUUGAAUUUGCGGGAGCAUGAGGACACGGGCUUCGUGUCGCUCUGUUUUAGGAACGACGUCUUCCUCGAGCGGCACUGGAAGAAAAUUCUGAGGGAUGUUAGAUAUGGUGCGCUCGCGGCGUCCCACGCCGUCGACGCGACUCGUGGCCAUCGCACGAUGCCGGGGGUGGUCUCUUUUUCGAGUUUGAGGCCGUUCGCACACAGGUACGCUGAACCGCCACCUCGACCUGAGUAAGGAGCGGCGCCACGAGCUCACGCAACGAUUGUACGCGAAGCCGAAGCACGCUUCCCAACUCGAGGAAGCCUUUCGCAGAUUAGGAUUCCACGCGCGCUCCGCCGAACGGAGUGGCGCGUCCGCCAAGGCGAUCCAGGACGAACCUUCAGUAGAUACAAAGUCGAAGAACGCCUCCAUGCGGUGGGACCAAGCUAUAUCAUCAGCUCUCGAGGACCCGAGCAAAGCGAGAGCGGCGGAAAAACCCGUCGCCGAGAUUCCGGAAGAGCGGCCGCAGACCAGUCGUUCUGUCCCGGACGAUUUUAAGGAGGAGGACCGCGGCGCGACCAGUCGUAGCGUGCGCUUCGCUGGUUCAUUGAAGAGCAGGGACUCGCGGUCGCGGUACUCCUCGCUGUCGUCUCGUGAUAGUUCCUACUACGAGGACAUGUCGGAGCCGACCUCUAGAGCCUCGUCUUCCAACAUGGGCCGGUCCGGUACUACUAGACCUUCUGUCGGUGUGGAAUAUCGCAUCUUAGAAAGGAGGAACUCCGAGUCGGACAUGAGGGUGGAUACGCCCCAGUCAGAUGUGCACAAACUAGCUCACGACAUCGCGACGGCGCCGCGACGGCAACUCCAAGAGUUCGAGCCCAUAAGGCAAGACCGGCGCAUGCGGCCCUGGCUCUGUCCCCACCCCGGUUGUGGCGCCGUCUUCUCCACGAAGGAGGCUGCAGUACAACAUGCGAAGAGGGAGCAUUUAGGGAGAAGGAGAUUGGCCGUCGCGACGCCCGAACAAGACCAGUUCUUUAGGAGGGUCUGGCCGGACGAGAAGAUGAUCUGGGAGCGAGGCGAGAUAGCUAAAAAAGAUAGGGAGAAGUGUUUAUUUCAGUGCCCGAUCUGCUUCCAGCCGUGCGUGACGCGCGACGAUCUGAAACGGCACCUGAAGGUCGGCCAUUCGAAGCGCGAGGUGAAGAAGAUCUACGUGGAGUUGAAGCUGGCGGUGCUGACUCAGCGUCUUCAUUGAACUUGAACUUGACGUGGUCGUGUCGAUGGCGUCAAUGCGACGCAAUGCCACCGUGACGCCGUCGACGUGGCCGUCAGAGACCGUCGUUCCACACAGGCCAAGGCCGACGCCAUGGAGGCCGGCAAGGGCAAGGGCCUCGCCGACGUGAAAGGGAAAGCGCAGCUGACACCACCCUUUCCCCCACCUAAAAGAGCUCCUCUCGCUGUCUGUCUCAAGCACAAGCGGGAGCGCUUCCGGUGCUGGGAUUGUGGUUGUGCUAGACGGAUGAAAGGUCCGGUCGCACCGAUGAAGUUCUACCCUGAAGUGGUGGUCAAGGCUCCGUCGGCCACCGUGCCUGGCGAGCGGCCCGUGAUCACGGACAUGACCUUUGCGGUGCAAAGUGAAAGGUGUCCCUACACUAUGGGUGAGAAGGGCGAGCGGCGGCCGUGCCAGUUGAUUGCUACUUGCAGAGAUGAAGAAUGCAAUGUGUGGAUUUGCGUGGCCUACUUCUUAGACGCGGAAGGUGUGAAGGCUCUGAAAGGGGUCACGCAUAGACUAUUUGACCACGAGCGGGAGCUCUAUGAAGACUCGCGAGUGACGUGGUUGCGCGCGGAGAAGCUCGCGGGCUACUGCUACGUGUUGAACGUCGACAAAAAAGCGUUCUACGAGCGGAAGCGGUCGCACUUACUGCCGAACCACCCCCGCGACUACGUCUACUUCGCUUCACGAAUAUUUGAUUUUGAGAAGCUGAAGCCGGGUCCCCAGCGCCAGUUGAAUAGCGAGGUCUCCGCGAAGGAACUAGGAUUGACGCAAGAGGCGUAUGGGGUGGACGACGGAAGUGUCGUGACCUGGUCCACGGAGCCGCCAAAAUUUAAAAGAAGAUAUUCAAAGGACGGCGAGGCGAACCCCUACGCUGUGAAAUCAAGGCCGGGCUCGACGGAGGUGUCCCUGCUGACGCGCGACGACGAGGAGGAGUCCUUCAAGCCUACCGACGCGGGCAUGGCGGCGGCGCUGGGGUUCAUGGUGUAA